AUGUUGACCUUUCCUCUCUUUUUUCUUGCAUUACUGAUUAUUUUUCAGGCUUUGUUGGCAGGUGGAACUCUUUUAGCCACUGGAGGUAUAGGUGCAGCAGUUAUUUUGGAUCAGAGAGUUUUAGCUGGAGAAUUAGAGCUUCAUCCACCAAAAAUGCCAUGGAGUCAUACUGGUUUAUUUGAUUCUUUUGAUGCUGCCAGUGUGCGUAGAGGUUAUUUUGUCUAUAAACAAGUAUGUGCUGCCUGUCACAGUUUGAAUUAUUUAGCCUACCGUACAAUGGUUGGGGCAAUAUUUACAGAGGAAGAAGCCAAAAGGGAAGCAGAAGAGGCAGUGAUUGUUGAUGGACCAGAUGAUGAAGGUCACAUGUUUACCCGACCUGGUAAACUAUCUGAUAUUUUCCCAGCCCCAUAUAAAAACGAUGAAGAAGCUAGAGCUGCCAAUGCUGGUGCUCUGCCCCCUGAUCUUAGUUAUAUUGUAGUUGGUAGACAUGGUGAAGAGGAUUAUAUAUUUUCACUAUUAACGGGUUAUGUUGAUCCACCAGCAGGAGUUAAUAUUCCAGAAGGCCUCCAUUAUAAUCCAUAUUUUCCUGGAGGUGCUAUUGGUAUGGCUCAAGCUCUGUAUAAUGAAAUCAUUGAAUAUGAAGAUGGAACACCAGCAACACAAAGUCAACUGGCUAAAGAUGUUACUAUAUUCUUGAGAUGGGCUGCUGAACCAAACCACGAUUUAAGAAAGAAAAUAGCUAUAAAGACAUUUUUAGUAUUGGGCUUCUUAACGUUAUCUGUAUACUACUUCAAGAAAUACAAGUGGUCUGUGGUGAAGUCAGUCAAAACAACCAUAGGUGGAAAGAAGUUAUAA